CAUACGUGUGAGCUUGCGUUGAAAAUUUCCUGGCUUUGCGUGAAGAGCUGGACUCUCAUCCAAAACUCCUUUAUCCAACGUCAUCAUUUCCUUCCAACCCUUUUUUAUACCCAAGAAAAUUGCUCAUUAUUCUCCACUCACAUUCAUUCACCCAAAACCCAAAAACCUUUCUUUUACUUUCUCUCCAACUGACACAUAAAAAAUGGAGGGUCUUAUUCCUUUUGUUUACAAGGCUAUCAUGCAAUACAAGGGUGACAAAGACGGUCAUCCUAUAGGAUCAUGGCUUUGUGAGUCACCUUCUUACUCAUACAUGAGACUUCCUGCUGGUGACUCAGGUAGGUUUCAAAUUCAAGCACCUGCUUCUUCAUUCUCUGCAGCUUCACCCUCUUCCACCAACCCUAAUUCUUCUUCUGCUACACAAAUCAUUGUUUCCUCUGGUGUUCAGUCCCCACAUCAGUGUCUUACACAUCGUCCAAUUGCAGCAUGAACAUGAACAAUUCAAGUUUGUGUGCCUGAAGAAAAAGUUGAAGGUGCUUACUGCUUAACUCAGGAGUUCGAGUUUGUGAUUUCAAGUAGUGUUGGGAAUCUUGGUUCUUUGUUUCAUCUUAAUUUGGAGUUGUUGUGAGCGUGUGGAAAACAACCAAAAGGGUCUGUCUCAUACGCUUAGGUAGUGGUGGUAUUUGUAAUUAAGUUGUACAUAUGGGUUUCUCAUGCUUAAGAAAUUGUUCUUGUUUUAUGACCAAAUGGUCACUUGAACUAUGAGUUUUUAGGCAAAAUAAUGAACAAAAUGUAAUGGUUUAUUGUAGAAUAAAGCAUUUGAUUAGUCUGCAACUGUUCACCGUUUAUAUAUUCUAUUUUCUGAUUUCA